AACCUAACCUACAAAACUAAUAAAAGAUUUCACUAAACGCUUUAGUAAUUUAGAGCAUUUAAAUGUCUAUAUUCAUUAUUUAGAUACCUGAUUGACUUCACAAUGGAAAAUAAAAUGGAAGAUUUAAAGCAGAAUAACAGAGAGAGAGAGAGAGAGGAGCCAGCACGAGGGUGCAACACUUCAUGUUCUAAAGAGAUUGCAGAUGAUGUCUGUUACAGCCUAUGUCACAUAGGUCUCAAAAAUACGUGUUCGAAGGAAGAUAUUGUUCCAAAAGAAGUUGAAGAAAUCUCACGAGAAAGACGCCCUUCAUCAGUGAACUGCGAACUGAAGCUAUUGUCUCCUACAUCACUCAAAAUGACAUCCAAUCUUGAAAAUUUUGCAGAAGAGAGAGUUGCUGAACCUAAAGGUAAUACAGAGGAUACUAUGUAUUUAUUUGAAAAGCCCAGUUCUAUUGGAGAAAACCAUCAGACUAGUAAAAAUCAUCACUUGGAAGAACAUUCGUAUUUUUUGAAAGAGGUUAAGGAAAUUUCAAAAGAGAAGAAUCACUCCGCAGCGAAUAGAAAACUCGACAUGGUGACGUCAUUAAUGAGGAUUUCUAAUGGAGAAGUGAUUCAGCCCUUCAAUUGUGACCCUCAAUUCCAUUAUAAAACUCAUUCAUAUCAGAAAAGACAUGUUGAAACUCAUAUCAGCUUCAACUGCGAAUUUUGUGACUUCACAAGUCAGGAUAAAAUAGCACUUGCAUUGCAUGUCAGAAAACAUGAACCUUUCAUGUGCGAACUCUGUGGCUUCAUGGAUACUAGUGAAAGUGGGUUGGAGAAACAUUUUGAAACAAAACAUUCAGAAGAAGUUGAAGAAAUUCUAAUAGAGAAGAAUUCCUCGUCAUUGGAUAGCGGAGUGGAGAUCGUCUCAGAUACAAAAUGCAGCAUAUUCAAACUUGAAAAUGUUACAGGUAAGGGAGUUGAAAGUGGCACAGAAAAUGGCGUUGAAAGUGGCACAGGAAAUGGAGUUGAAAGUGGCACAGAAAAUGGAGUUGAAAGUGGCACAGAAAAUGGAGUUGAAAGUGGCACAGAAAAUGGCGUUGAAAGUGGCACAGAAACGGGAGUUUUGAAUGGUACAGAAAAAGCGGUAGAAAAUGGCACAGAAACAAGAGUUAAUGGGCUUAAACAUAAUAAUCGAGGAGUUGAAAGUGGCACGGGAAAUGAAGUUGAAAGUGGAACAGAAAACGGCGUUGACAGUGGCACAGAAAAUUGCGUUGAAAGUGGCACAGGAAAUGAAGUUGAAAGUGGAACAGAAAAUGGAGUUGAGAGUGGCUCAGAAAAGGGAGUUUUAAAUGGCACAGAAAAGGGAAUUAAUGGACCCAAACUCAAUAAUCGAGAACCUAUCUCUUCAUCGGAAAAAUCUAGUUCUAUUGAAGAAAAGCUUCAAACAAGAGGAAAUCUGCCAACUACAGUAUUAGAAAAUACUAUCUCUCCAUUGCAAAAGUCGAAUUAUAUUGGAGGAAAGUUUGAGACUAGAAGAAAUCUGCCAAUUAUAGUACUAGGCAAUAUUAUCUAUCCAUUGGAAAAGUCGAGUUAUAUUGAAGAAAAGCUUGAACCAAGAGGAAAUUUGCCAAUUAUGGUAUUAGGCGAUACUAUUUCUCCAUUGGAAAAGUCGAGUAAUAUUGGAGAAAACCUUUACACUAUUAAAAAUCAUCCGGGAAUAGGCCUGCACUUGAAAGAACAUUCCUAUUUCUCACAAGAGGUAAAAGAAUCUUCAACGGAGAAGGAUUCUUUGUCGGUGAAUAUCAAACUAGUGUCUCCUUCAUCAGACAGCAGCUCAUCUAAACUUUGUACGAGAAUAGAAGGUGAUAAAAAUGGAGAAACUAUCUCUUUAUUGGAAAAUUCGAGUUGUGUAGAAACCAAGCGUCAGCCUAGUAAAGAUCACCAACCCAUUGAAAAUUAUUCGAGGAAUUAUGAUGGUACAAUAAUGGAAGGUACUGGACCCAGAGACAAAAAUGGAGAACCUAUCUCUUUAUUGGAAAAUUCGAGUUGUGUAGAAACCAAGCGUCAGCCUAGUAAAGAUCACCAACCCAUUGAAAAUUAUUCGAGGAAUUAUCUUUCAACGACAAGAGAAAUCACGGAUAGGAAAAAUAGUCUAUCAAGUACCAAAUUCGAGAUGGUGUCAUCAAUAAAGUGGAUCUCUCUCGGAGGUAAUAUCCAGUACUUCAUUUGCAAGCUAUGUCAAUACAAAACCAUCUCAUCUGUGCUUCUCAAUAGACAUGUGAAGAAAGUGCAUUCCGUAAAACCUCGGGAGAUCAUCAACUGUGAAUGUUGUGACUAUACUUGUCAGAAUAAAAUAUCUUAUAUAAUGCACGUCAGAAAACAUACAAACUGUAUGCCUUCCAUAUGCGAACUCUGUGGUUACAAGAUUCUUAGUAGAAGUGGUUUUAGAUUACACAUGAGAAAACAUUUUGAGGAGCUUGAAGAAAUGUCAACAGUUGAGGAUUCGUCGUCAGUUAAUAACAAACUAGAGAUGGUCUCUACUGAAGCAGACGUCACAACUAUAUUUGACAAUAACAUUGGAAUGGAACAUACUAGAGCCAACAGUGAAGUUGGGGAUACUACCUCCUCUAUUGAGAAAAAGCUUCAUCAUUGUGAAAAUCAUACAAGAAAAAACUUGGAAAAACAAUCUAGUGAGAAGGAUACCUCGUCAUUGACUAGCAACCUGGUGAUAGUGUCUCCCACUUCUAAACUUGAAAAUAUUACAAAAAUGAGAGUUACCGUACCUAAAAGCAAUAUAUUGAUGAAGUCCAGUUCUAUUGGAGAAACGAUUAAUUCUAGUGAAAAAAACCAUGAAAUGCACAUGAAAAAGAAUUCCUUGUCAGUGGAUAGCGAACUGGUGAUAGUGUCUCCCACUUCUAAACUUGAAAAUAUUACAAAAAUGAGAGUUACCGUACCUAAAAGCAAUAUAUUGAUGAAGUUCAGUUCUAUUGGAGAAACGAUUAAUUCUAGUAAAAACCAAAAUAACAAUGAAAUGCACAUGAAAAAGAAUUCCUUGUCAGUGGAUAGCGAACUGGAGAUGGUGUCUCCUACAUGUCAAUUCGAAAAUGAUACAGAAAAAAGUGUUUCUGUGUCCAAAAGUAAUGAAGUGAAUAGUGUAUCUUACUUGGGAACUUCGAGUUCUAUUGGAGAAAAGCUUCAGCCUAGUGAAAAUCAUUCAAGAAUGCACUUGACCACAGAUACAAAUAAACAGAGAUCAUUCAACUGUGGGGAUACUAACUCUUCGAAUUAUAUUGGAGAAAACCUACAGCCUAGUGAAAAUCAUUCAAGAAUGCACUUGACCACAGUUACAAAUAAACAGAGAUCAUUCAACUGUGGGGAUACUAACUCUUUGAAUUUUAUUGGAGGAAACCUACAGCCUGGUGAAAAUCAUUCAAGAAUGCACUUCACCACAGAUUCAAAUAAACAGAGAUCAUUCAACUGUGGGGAUACUAACUCUUCGAAUUUUAUUGGAAAAAACCUACAGCCUAGUGAAAAUCAUUCAAGAAUGCACUUGAACACAGUUACAAAUAAACAGAGAUCAUUCAACUGUGGGGAUACUAACUCUUCGAAUUUUAUUGGAGAAAACCUACAGCCUAGUGAAAAUCAUUCAAGAAUGCACUUGAACACAGUUACAAAUAAACAGAGAUCAUUCAACUGUGGGGAUACUAACUCUUCGAAUUUUAUUGGAGAAAACCUACUGCCUGGUGAAAAUCAUUCAAGAAUGCAUUUGAACACAGAUACAAAUAAACAGAGAUCAUUCAACUGUGGGGAUACUAACCCUUCGAAUUUUAUUGGAGAAAACCUACAGCCUAGUGAAAAUCAUUCAAGAAUGCACUUGACCACAGAUGCAAAUAAACAGAGAUUAUUCAACUGUGGCAUGUGUGAGUAUAGUGGUGCAACAUUGCGACAUGUAUUGCUACAUUUGAGACUACAUUCCGGGCAACAAAACUUUAUCUGUGGCUUUUGCGAAUUCAAAACAGGUCAGAUAUGUUAUUUGAAGAAACAUCUCCUUAGAAAACACAUGGAUAAAAAACUUUACACCUGCGCACAGUGUGAUUUUAAGAGUUGCAGUCCGUCUUUCAUAAGGAAACACCUCACAACGCAUGCUGGCGCUAAAUUGUUCAGCUGCCAGUCUUGUCAGUUUUCUACUGCUCGUAAGACAUAUUUGAAAACUCACUUCAGGAAUGUACACUCAGUUCCAACAGCAGUUGAAGAAAUUUCAAGAGAACAGGAUCCCUCAUCAGAAAAAAGUAAAAUCGAAAUAGUAACUCCUGCAACAAGCAGCUCGUUCAAACCUGACAAUGAAAUGGAAGCUACUGGAGUCAUCAACGAUAAUAUAUCUGAAUUGGAAACAUCGAGCUCUGUCGGAGAAAAUCUUCAGCCUAAUCAAAAUGGUUCAAACGACACAAACGAAAAACCUUACACUUGUGAGUUUUGUAGUUUCAGAACCGCUCGGCCGGCUUAUUUGCGACAACACCGAAGACAACAUACAGGUGAAAUCAGCUGUGAUUUGUGCAAUUACAAAGCCACCACCAGAUCUCACCUGAAGCGGCAUGCAAGAACACAUUCUGGCGAAAAACCUUUCAGCUGUGACAUUUGCGAUUACAGAUUUAGUCAGCGCGUUAGUUUGAAAAUACACCUCAGAAAACACACCGGUGAAAAACCCUACAAAUGUGAACAGUGUGAUUAUAAAAGUCACAGUCCGGCUUACAUGGCGAAUCAUACUAGGAGACAUACAGGGGAGAAGAGAAUUAGCUGUCAGUUUUGUGAGUACAGAUGCAAUGAUGCAAGCCUCUUGAAAAAUCAUGUGAGAAGACACACCGGUGAAAGACCGUUUAAAUGUGAGUUCUGCGAGUUUAGAUCCGCUUUGAAAACUAGUUUACAAUCACACCUGAGAACACAUACAGGCGAGACACGAAUAAACUGCAAGUUUUGUGAGUACAAGUGCUACACUGCAAGUUGUAUGAAACGGCACACUAGAACGCACACCGGUGAAAAACCGUACAAAUGUCUGGCGUGUGAGUUUAGGACUGCUCAUAAAAUUGUUUUGGCAAACCACGUCCGGAGGAGACAUUCAGUUUCGAAAGAGGUUGAAGAAAAUCUAACAGAAAAAGUUCUUCCGUGAGAGAAUAUCAAUCUGGAGAUCUCGUCUCGAAUUAAAAGCAGGACAUCAAACUUGGUAAUGGAUCAGAAAUGGAAUUUACUGUUUCCAACCGUAAUAAUAAAAUGCUAUCACUUCUCAAUGAGCACAUGAUUGGAAAAUAAACUUCUAAACUUG